CAACACAUGAGAGAGAGAGGCGGACGGGUGGUGCACGUCAACCAGCCGGCGUAGCACACCUUCACUUGUAGAUGAGGUCCACUUCAGGCGAUCAUUUGAAGCAGAGUGCGUCACGACGAUCAGGAUUGCCGCUUCUUCCUCAGGUGGGCCAAGUUGAUCUCCUACAAGGAGACGCUUCUGCGGAAACCCAACCAGCAGCAGCACCUCGCUCGUCCUCAUCCACCACCACCACACAAGCGCCUGAGUAGAUGUUCAAGUCCAUGCAUCUCCUCAUCUAAGCGCCAAAUUGUGUCCGCCGAGAUGGAAAACGCGCACACGAAACCAGCGAGUGAAGUUUUAGACUUUUUCGGCGUGAAUGAAAACACCGGAUUGACUCAGGAGCAAGUUAAAGUGCAAUUGGAGAAAUAUGGGCCGAACGAGCUCCCUGCUGAAGAAGGAAAGUCCCUGUGGGAACUGGUGAUGGAGCAAUUUGAAAACCUUCUGGUCAGGAUCCUGCUUCUCGCCGCCUGCGUCUCCUUUGUGUUGGCUUUGUUUGAAGAGGGAGAGGAGUCGGCCACCGCCUUUGUCGAGCCUGUCGUCAUCCUCCUCAUCCUCAUCGCUAACGCCGUCAUUGGUGUCUGGCAGGAACGAAAUGCCGAGAAUGCCAUCGAGGCGCUUAAGGAGUACGAACCCGAGAUGGGCAAAGUGUACCGCAUGAACCGGAAGGCGGUGCAGAGAAUCAAAGCCAGGGACAUCGUUCCGGGUGACAUCGUAGAGGUGGCGGUGGGUGACAAAGUUCCAGCCGACAUCAGAUUGACCUCCAUCACGUCCACCACGUUGAGAGUGGAUCAAUCCAUCCUCACAGGGGAGUCUGUGUCCAUCAUCAAACACACUGACCCGGUUCCUGACCCGAGAGCUGUCAAUCAAGACAAGAAGAACAUGUUGUUUUCGGGCACCAACAUCGCUGCCGGUCGGGCCAUAGGUGUCGUCGUGGCGACCGGCGUUGCCACGGAAAUCGGCAAAAUCCGCAAUCAGAUGGCGUCGACCGAACAAGACAAGACGCCGCUGCAGCAGAAGUUGGAUGAAUUUGGCGAGCAGCUCUCGAAGGUCAUCUCACUCAUCUGCGUGGCUGUGUGGGUGAUCAAUAUCGGCCACUUCGGGGACCCGGUCCACGGCGGCUCCUGGAUGCGGGGAGCUAUCUAUUACUUUAAGAUAGCCGUGGCUUUGGCCGUGGCCGCCAUCCCCGAAGGCCUGCCUGCCGUCAUCACCACCUGCCUGGCCCUCGGGACCCGCCGCAUGGCCAAGAAGAACGCCAUUGUGAGGAGUCUGCCCUCGGUGGAGACCCUGGGCUGCACCUCCGUUAUCUGCUCGGACAAGACGGGGACCCUCACCACCAAUCAAAUGUCUGUCUGUAGAAUGUUUGUGGUGGACAAAUUGCAGAAUUCAAGCUGCACCUUGCACGAGUUCUCGAUAACAGGAUCCACAUAUGCACCUGAAGGUCAAAUACUGAAAGGAGAGCGGGCAGUCCAGUGUGGAGACUAUGAUGGACUCUUGGAGUUGGCCACCGUGUGUUCCAUGUGCAAUGACUCCUCAUUGGACUACAAUGAGGCCAAAGGAGUUUACGAGAAAGUGGGAGAAGCCACAGAGACUGCUCUUACCACCUUGGUGGAGAAAAUGAACGUCUUCAAAACGGACCUUUCCGGACUCAGCAAGGUGGAACGUGCUGGGGCCUGCAACUCGGUGAUCAAGCAACUGAUGAAGAAGGACUUCACAUUGGAGUUCUCUCGAGACCGAAAGUCCAUGUCAGUUUACUGCACGCCAGUCAAGCCGGGUUCUCAGAGCAAGAUGUUUGUCAAGGCACGGAACAAUCAUACGAUUCCAGAAUUUUCUUUUCCUUUCUGUCAUUUUCUAAUGUCUCCUUUUGCCUGUAUAGUCAAUUGUAGUCUUUUUCAACAGGGCGCCCCGGAAAGCGUCAUUGAUCGAUGUCAGUACAUGCGGCUGGGAACUGGCAAGGUGGCGCUGACACCGGACUUGCGUGACCAGCUCAUGUCCAAGGUCCGGGACUGGGGAACGGGGAGGGACACCCUGCGCUGUCUGGCUCUGGCCACCCGUGACGUUCCACCACGCAAAGAGGACAUGGACUUGGAGAAUUCCAGCAAGUUUGUGGACUAUGAGUUGAGCCUCACGUUCAUCGGCUGUGUGGGCAUGCUGGACCCCCCGAGGAACGAAGUCAUAGGCUCCAUCAAACUCUGCAACGAGGCAGGUAUUCGUGUGAUCAUGAUCACGGGGGACAACAAGGGCACAGCGGUGGCCAUCUGCAGGCGCAUCGGCAUCUUCGGCGAGAACGAAGAGGUGACGGGAAAGGCCUACACCGGCCGCGAGUUUGAUGAUCUAUCGCCGGAAGCCCAGAAAGAGGCUGUGAAACGGGCACGAUGUUUUGCACGCGUGGAGCCGGCUCACAAGUCGAAAAUUGUCGCAUACCUGCAGUCCUUUGAGGAGAUCACUGCCAUGACUGGAGAUGGUGUGAAUGACGCUCCCGCCCUGAAGAAAGCAGAGAUUGGCAUCGCAAUGGGAUCGGGUACAGCCGUGGCCAAAUCGGCCUCGGAGAUGGUACUUUCUGACGAUAACUUCUCCACCAUCGUGUCUGCCGUGGAGGAGGGCAGAGCCAUCUACAACAACAUGAAGCAGUUCAUCCGAUACCUUAUCUCCUCCAACGUGGGCGAAGUCGUAUGCAUCUUCCUGACAGCCAUCCUGGGUCUCCCCGAGGCUCUGAUACCAGUCCAGUUGUUGUGGGUCAAUCUGGUGACUGAUGGUCUGCCCGCCACCGCCUUGGGUUUCAACCCUCCCGACCUGGACAUCAUGAACAAACCUCCUCGUAAUGCCAAAGAACCUCUCAUCUCAAGAUGGCUUUUCUUCCGCUACUUGGCCAUUGGAGGCUACGUGGGUUUCGGGACAGUGAGCGCCGCCACGUGGUGGUACCUAUUUGAUGAAGAAGGGCCACAAGUGACUUUUUAUCAGCUGCGACACUUCAUGCAGUGCACCGAGGACAACCCUGUGUUUCACGGAAUCGAUUGUGAGGUCUUUGAAUCCCGCUACCCCACCACCAUGGCGCUGUCCGUGUUGGUUACCAUCGAGAUGUUCAACGCCCUCAACAGUUUGUCUGAGAACCAGUCCCUCCUCAGAAUGCCUCCCUGGGUCAAUAUUUGGCUACUGGGAGCCAUUGUCCUUUCUCUCUCCCUCCACUUCUUAAUCCUUUAUGUCGAGCCAAUGCCACUGAUCUUCCAGGUGACCCCUCUCCGUUGGUCUCAGUGGAUGGUGGUCCUGAAAAUUUCAAUCCCUGUCAUCCUCCUGGAUGAGGCACUAAAAUUUAUAUCCAGACAUUAUCUUGAAGGUGAUGAAGAGACCAAGUACCGGAGGAGAUGGCAGAAGGAUUAAGUCGUCUCCCUCAAACGCGCUUCGACACAGGCCUCUCUUCUUCUAUUUUUCAUCAUUCCCCACUCCUGCGUGUCGGUUGAACCCCCACGACGCAUUUAAGUGGCAUGCGUGCCUGAGAACCGACGUGCGAGAAAAAGAAGGCAGCUGCGAGCUUUUGGCUUAAAUGUGAGUGAAUGCACAAAACGGUUUGAAAUGUCUGCAUUUUUUUUUUUUUUAGUUCAGUACAGUGCAAACUUUGCGGUGCCUUCGCUGGACAAGGCAGGGUGGGUGUUAGAGAAGCCUAAAUGAGCACAGGGAUGGAUAGGCGAUUGUUGAUUGGUGGGAAAAAUCUGGCUCGUGGGCAGAACCGUGCAUGUUUGUGUCUGCUUGUGUGUCCACAAUAAUCUGGUGGUACUGCCCAAGCUUCUGCAAAUCUCUUUUCUAUCAGUAAUGAUCAUCACAGUAAAGCUUCCUUGUCAUUCUUCAUCUCUGCCAUCAUUACCAAAGUUUUGCAGAGAUCUGACGCCAUUUGUCUUGAGCACUGAGAUGAUCCAGCUGAAGGUGUGAAUAGCUUCACUGCUUUAUUGGCGGGCCCAUCUUAAAAAUAGCACACUGUAGUUUUUUUUUGCAAGUGGUGUAUAUAAACUUUUUAUUUUAUUUAUACUACAAGCUGGUAGAUGUUACAGAGUCCAACGAUGUAAGUUAAAGAAUGGCAAGUGGACUGCUCGAAAUAAUGAUUGAAUCACGCCAUGCCUUAUAGAGCCAGCCCCACCGCACCUCCACUUUGAGCAAGUGGUGAAAAUGAAUGUCUUGCCAGCACUCUAAUUGUGUGUUUUUUGUUUGUUUUUACUCACCGCAACCUUUAGUGUGCACCCCAAAAAGUGAGUUGUUGGUCGUGAGGGUGUCUAAGAAGCUUUUUGUGCACACUGCUCUUUCGCUUGUUCUCGGUCUUUUAGCAAUUGAUCUAAUUAAAUAAUGUGUUUGACUGAACGAGCAUGCGGGGUUAACAUUGUGUCUUUUAGCUCUUAAUUAUUCAUUUCAUUUCGGGUCCAGGUGAUUGCGUGUCUUUUUUUUUUUUCUUAUUCAAAAACAUCUUUGGCCCAAUUGCCGAAUAGUACCUGGAAAAAAAAAAUGUCAAGGACGGGGAAAGUGUUCCCAAUGAAUAUUUACAUCUGUUAAAAAAAAUAAAUAAAAAAUAGCAUCAAGUUUUCAACAAGAAAAAGUGAAAGACUCGACAGAGGUCUUUUCAUGCUUCUCAACUACUGAGUCCUGAUUUCUGUACAGAAGAUGAAUAUAUGAUUGCAUGGAAUCAUGUUACUGUAAUAAUAACAAUCCAUACAGUAUGCUAUACAGCAUCCAGAUUAUUUGGGGGGGGGGGAUAUUAAUGACAUUUUUUUUCUCUCUUCGCCACUUCUUACUUUUUUGUAGACUAGAGGUUGAUUUUGUCAUUUCCGUUUGGUUUUUACAUUUACUUGCGGGGGUGGAUGUGUGACUGUAGGGGAAGAAUACGGGAUGGAUAGCGUUUGAGAAUCAUGACCUAACUUGAUGAUGAUGCUGUUCAUUUCAGUUUGCUAGUUUGAGGUCAGUCAAAAAUUUAUGUGAACUGAACUGUGGUUUACACUGAGCGAGAAAUAGUGGUGGAUCUUGGCUCGUGAUGUUUUACGGCUGGCUGUACAGUGAAGGGCUUAGUGGGACGGACGCAGGCUCUAGAGACUCGACUGUCCUCCGAAUUUAGACUCACCCAGCAUCUUGGAUAAGCUUGUUUUCAAACAGCAGGGGGCGAUGUGGUUAGUAUCGGAAGCAGUGAACGAUUGGCAUUUUUUUAAGAAAAGUCUUUAGAGCCCGACUUUCACCUGAAAAAUGGAAAAUUGUCUGUAUUGCCUUGUUAAUAUUGAAUGUAGACGCAUAAUUUUAUAAAUAACAAAGAUGUGGAAAUAAACAUUAUUUAUCUUCUUUA